CAUGUUGGGAAAAUCAUUGGUUCGCCGGAGCCGGCAUGGCGAGCGGGGCGAUGAUGGGAGAUGCUCAAAGGCCAGCGAGGGAACAGCCAGCCGGAGGAGAGGAAAGGAUUCAGCUGAAUAGGGGGUAGACGAGAAGGCGGUUGCCCAGGAAAGUGGAGGGGAGGGGGCGGAAUUAAGGGAGGAACAGGAGAAGACAGAAAUCGCCCAGCUAAGAGGGAGAGACAAAAAGAGAGGAUGGGAAGAGGAGGAGGAGAAAGAGGGGGGAAGGAUGCUGUUGCUGACCCGGCAAGAACGAGCUGGUAAAGGGGGUGGUGGUGGAAGGGCAUAGGUUUGGAGCAUGACCCCGCCCCAGAAGUGGGUCAGGAUGCUCUUGACUGGGGCUUCCCCCCAGGGCAGCAAGAAUUGGCAGCCUGACCCAUCCCGGGGAUUUCAAUGAGGUUUGCUGGUGAAAGAGCUAACAAGUUAGCACCCUCCCAGGAUGGCCGAGGCUCACCAGGCUGUGGCAUUCCAGUUCACUGUUUCUCCAGAAGGCAUUGACUUUCAACUAAGCCAUGCGGCUCUCAAAGAGAUCUACCUCUCAGGCCUGAGAUCCUGGAAGAAGAAAUUCAACCAACUGCGGAAUGGUUUUGUGACAGGUGUGUACCCUGCCAGUCCCUCCAGCUGGCUGUUCAUGGUGACCGCCAUCCUUGUUACUCAAUAUUCUCGUCUUGACCCUUCCAUGGGCAUGAUUGAAAAGAUCAAAGAACAUCUGCCUGUCAGUGAUUACCUGUCUGACGAGGGCAUGGAUGUCUUGAGUGCUACAGCCUUUUCUACAGGGCUGUGGCUGGCCCUCAUCAUGACCAUGCGUAGCAUUCUCAAGAUGCUGCUGUGUUACCAUGGUUGGAUGUACGAGGAGCAUGGCAAGAUGUCCAACACCACUAAAAUCUGGCUGGCGUUGGUGAAGAUUUUUGCUGGGCGGAAGCCCAUGCUGUACAGCUACCAAGCGUCAUUGCCUCGGUUGCCUGUUCCUGCCCUCAAGGACACUGUGCAAAGGUAUCUAGAGUCCAUACGGCCCCUUACGACAGAUGAAGAGUUCCAGCGGAUGACAGGUCUUGCUCGAGACUUUGAACAGACCCUCGGACCGCGCUUGCAGUGGUACCUCAAGCUUAAAUCCUGGUGGGCACCCAACUAUGUGAGUGAUUGGUGGGAAGAGUAUGUGUAUCUCCGGGGUCGAGGCCCACUGAUGGUAAACAGCAACUAUUACAUCAUGGAUUUUCUAUACGUAACCCCUACCCCAAUCCAAGCCGCUCGGGCUGGGAAUCUUGUCUAUGCAAUGAUGCUAUACCGCCGCAAACUCACCCAGGAGGAGAUCAAACCGAUGAUGAUCCAUGGCUGCCUGCCCAUGUGCUCAGCUCAGUAUGAACGCAUGUUUAAUACAACCCGUGUCCCAGGCUUGGAGGGAGACACCAUAAAGCAUCUGCGAGACAGCAAGCACAUUGCCGUUUACCACUCUGGGCGCUUCUUUCGAGUCUCUCUGUACUACAAUGGAAAGCUGCUGCGCCCACGAGAACUUCAGGCCCAGUUCCAGUCUAUCUUAGGAGACCCCACACCCCCUUCGCCUGGGGAGGAGAAACUGCCUGCCCUGACCGCAGCUGACAGAGACCCCUGGGCCCGGGCCCGCAACACGUACUUCCAGACAGGGAUGAAUGAACAAUCGCUGAGUCUAAUAGACAAUGCUGCCUUCUUUGUCAGCCUGGACACCAGCGAGCAAGGGCUGAGGGAGCCCAAUCCAGGUCACUCGCUAGACGCCUAUGCCAAGUCCCUUUUGCAUGGACGCUGUUGUGACAGGUGGUUUGACAAAUCUUUCACUCUGGUUGUUUAUCGCAAUGGGAAGUCUGGAAUCAACGCAGAACAUUCAUGGGCUGAUGCACCAAUAGUGGGACAUCUCUGGGAGUACACCAUUGCCACAGAUGCUUUCCUACUGGGUUAUGAUGCUAAUGGGAACUGUAAAGGUGAUGCAGACCCGAACAUUCCUCCACCCCAGAAACUGGAGUGGGAGAUUCCACAAGAGUGUGAGCAAGUGAUCCUGCAGUCAUUCAUAGUGGCUCAGGCUUUGGCCAGAGAUGUGGAGUUCCACAUAUUCACCUUCAAGGACUUUGGCAAAGGUCUCAUCAAGAAAUGCCGCACCAGUCCAGACAGCUUCAUCCAGCUCGCCCUCCAACUGGCACAUUUCCGGGACAAGGGCAAGUUCUGUCUCACCUAUGAGGCAUCCAUGACCCGUCUGUUUCGGGAAGGUCGUACAGAAACGGUCCGAUCCUGCAGCAUCGAGUCCUGCAACUUUGUCAAGGCCAUGAUGGAUCCCACCCAGGAUGACAAUGUAAGGUUACGUCUGUUCCGUGUGGCAGCCGAGAAACACCAGAAUCUUUACCGGCAAGCCAUGACAGGUGCUGGGAUUGACCGACAUCUCUUCUGCCUCUAUGUCGUCUCCAAAUAUCUUGGCCUCGACUCCCCCUUCUUGCGUGAAGUGCUAUCUGAGCCGUGGCGCCUCUCCACGAGUCAGACUCCUGUUCAGCAGCUGGAACUGUUUGACCUCGAGAACCAUCCAGACUACAUUUCUUGUGGGGGCGGAUUUGGGCCGGUCGACGAUGACGGGUAUGGUGUAUCAUACAUAAUUCUUGGUGAAGAUCUAAUCAAUUUCCAUGUGUCAUGCAAAGUCUCCAGCCAAGAGACGGAUGCACACCGUUUUGGAUUAAACAUCCGGAAAGCCAUGGCGGACAUCUUGGCCCUGUUCCAACUAAACAAAAGAAUCCCUGCCAGUGGUGGCCAGUGACUGAAUAAAUGCCAGCAGGAUUGUAGAGCCAGCCACCAAGAUGCACCUUGAGUGUGUUUCUCUCUUCUCUGAUCUCCAGGGACAUCUGGAAAGAACGGGUGGGGAGGGGAUGCGUAGGGUUUGGCACCUGAGGAUUCCUACAAGCACAAUGGAUGGGCAAGAUAGUCUUGGAUUUGGGAGAGGGGUUUGGAUACGACAGCCCUGUAGGUGAACCACCUCCCUCCCUGAUGUCUCUGUUUAUUGAGGGUAGUAGAGACCUAAUGGGGUGGAAGUGAAAUCUAGAUCUCUUGGGUUUCUUUGGGCAUGUGUGUGGAUGGAGAGUUCUGACUAGCUUAGAAUGGAAGAGUUGGGACUUGGGAAAACUGGGCUUUUUCUAGACUACCGUCAUGGGAUGUUCAGGAUAACUUGAAGUGGUGUUUUUUCAUCCUUUGGUUUCCCCACUGCUCCCAAUCUCUGCCUGCCCUCCAGCCUCUUCAGUACACAGCAGCUGGCUGCGUUUCUUUUCUUGUGCUUCACGUUUGAUGGAUUCUGUCCAUGUGGCUUCUGCUGCUGGUCUUGCUUUGUUCCCAUGAGAUGCUGCAGAUGAGAGCAGGGUAGUGUUUUAAAGAGAACCUUGUUCCUUAUUCCCCACCCCUCUAAAUAGCUGAGAGAAUAGGAGUCUUCACAAAUUUUAUUGCAAGAGAAUGUGAAUUUUGAUUUACGGCAGGGUUUUAUAGCGCAAAGAACUGGUUAAUCUUUCUCUGUCUUGGUUUGUUAGGUCAGAGACCUGAAUAAAACCACAGGGUGGGCAGUUUUUAAAAAAAACCCAAGCAUGCGUGGCCUUUGUUAGUGACUGGCAGAGGAAGCAUUGUAUGGUGAAACUUGCUUGAGCUUGUGGACCACAGAGGUAGGGGUGAUGUCAGACGGCUGCUUCAGCUCUAGAAAUGCAUGACGAUAACCUGUUAGGAUCUUGCUUCUGGAAGGGUGAGACGGAAUGUGCAAACCUAUGCCUCUCCUCAAUACUGAGAAAGACGAACACCACUUGUGUUCCAUUUCUGCAGUUUAGAAAUACAGUAAGCUUAAUUUAAAUCAAAUGCUAUUUUUUUGAUGUGAGGCCUGAACUUUGGAAUAUGUUAUUGCUAUAUUGCACAGAAGAUUCUGUUGAAGGAGUCCUACGUUAUUAUGGCAGGAUCCCUCCCCCCACUCCCCCAAGGUGUUGGGCAUCUAGGGAUUUUGUGUGCUCAAAUACCCAGAUUUAGAUUGGUAUCUCUCUCAAAAGAAGAUCCACCGCUUCCUGGUCUGCUGAAAGCAGAAAUGCUCAACAAGGUUCAGGUAAAUCUUUCAGUCUCUGAUACUCACAGUGAAGCUGAGCUCCAUACAAAAGAGUAUUAAUCCAAACCACAACCUCUGUUCCAAACACUGUGAUGGAGCAGUACUCCCUGUGGACCAAACGACACAUUGUGUAAAAUGUGUAGUGUUAUUCCAGUGUGAGAAGUGGUAGAUCUGACAGUUAUGCAAAAUCCUUCCCUCCACUAUUUUUCCACCAGUGGGCUCCUCAAAAAGGCAGACUGAAAAUUCAUAUGAUCUACAUCUGAAAUCAUGCAGAUGGCAAGCACCAGUGGGGGGAAGGGGGAGACACUUGAAUUUGGAGCCAAGAAGCAGUAGCUAGAAAAUGAGUGUCCGAAGUGUAGCUUUCUAGCUUUCGUUGGACUGCAAAUCCCAUCAUCCAUAAACAGCAUAGCCAAUAAUGGUAAGGACUGCAGUCCAAAAAUAGGCAUCUAAAAGACUGCACUUUGUCCAUCUUAACAGCUAGAGGAAUGACUCCAAACCUUGGGCCUCCAGAUGUGGAACUCCUUGCCACAGGAUGUGGUAAUGGCAUCUGGCCUAGAUGCCUUCAAAAGGGAAUUGGACAAAUUUCUGGAGGAAAAGUCCAUCACAGGUUACAAACCAUGAUGGGGAUUUAUAAUCUCCAGUUUUAAAAGGCAGGUAUUUCAAAACACCAGAUGCAGCGGAGGGGUAUCAGGAGACAGGUAUCCGGUUGUCUCGUGCGCUCCCAGAGGCAUCUGGUGG